AAAUGGCACCACUGUUUCUGAUUACUCACACAAAGACGGAAGUACGCUGAAGGAUACAAAAAACAGGGUCUCACAACAACAACGGAUACACAAAUCGAGAUGCCAAGAAAUGGCAGCGAUUCCGGAAUUGGUGGCGCCGGUUCAAGUGCCACCAGCGAUGGCUGCAUAUACCCGGACUAUAUAAUAUUGGAAAAGGGCGUAACAUUUAAUGUGCGCUACACGGGCUGCGUUGAGGUCAAGACCUCGAUGAAAUCGCUGGACUUUGAGACGCGCACACUGCUCGCUCGUGAGUGCAUUAAUCGUGUGUGCGAGGCAGCUGGUCUGAAGUCUGUGAGUAAGAGGCGGCUGGACAAAAGGCUGCACAAUUAUAUAGCGGAGCGUCCGAAUAUGCAGCAGGCGGGCACAAAUGUUAUUAUCAAUGUCUCAAGUCGUGCGCUGACGCUGAGUAAUGUGGACACGGGCGAAGUUAUAGUUAAUCACAAUAUGCCGAGGAUUUCGUUUGCCUCGGGUGGCGACAACGAUACUCUGGACUUUCUGGCUUAUAUAGCCAAGCGCGAGGGUGAUGAAUGGCGAGCCUGCUAUGUGCUGGAGUGUGCCAAUGGACAGAGUGAGGAUUUGAUUGUGACCAUUGGCAAGGCGUUUGUAUUGCGCUUCAAUGCAUUGAGUCGACCGCAUGAGCAGGCUUCCAACUCACUGGCAGAGAGCAAGGAGAAUGUCAAGGAGUAUUAUAAUGACUUACCAAAUAAACUGCCACCGGAUUUGCCCUGUUCAGAGCCGGAUCAGCAGCAGCAGCUGUCGUCACAACUGCCGUUACAUCCGCACGCACCACGCGUUGCACAGCUCAAUCUCAAGCCGCGCGAUCGUCUUAGCAGCAAUCUAAUUGACCUCAACUCCCCGCCACCCGAUCAAACCACAAAUAAACUAGCACUAAGCAGCUUUGAUCCGCUGCAGGCUGCUGCUCUGGCCACGCCCAGCACGGUGCGUGAUGUAUUCGAUGGACCACAAUGUCCACUCACUGCGGAGGUCUGGUUUCAUGCAGCUAUUUCGCGACCAGCGGCUGAGCAGCUUGUUCAGCAUGAUGGGGACUUUCUGGUACGCGAAUCCAAGGGAAAACAGGGACAGUAUGUGUUGACGGGACGAGAGGGGAAGACAGCCAAGCAUUUGCUGCUCAUUGAUCCGGAGGGCGUUGUGCGCACCAAAGAUCGCAUUUUCGAUAGCAUUAGCCAUCUGAUCAAUUAUCAUUGGGUGCAUGCGCUGCCCAUUAUAUCGGAGGACUCUGAGCUGGUCUUACGGAAUCCGGUGCGCAGAACCACUUAAACGAGCAAACAUACAUAUACAUAUAAUAUAUAUACAAUUCUUCAUAUACAUACAUUGCAUUAUAUAUACAUGCAUAUAGAUCUGUGUACACGCUUAGAUUUACAUAUGUGCACUAUUUAGAGAAUAUCUUUUAUAUAUCGUCUAUCAUUGUAUAAAUACGCAACUCAUUUAUUUAUGGAUCGAAUAUAUACAUAUUCAUACCGUGCAUGUCUACAGUAUUUUUCAUUAAAACGAAUGUAAACCAAAGAAAGUGUUUUCAAUAGCUAGGGUAGUCUUCAAAGACCUAACACUCAACAGUUUGUAUCUGUUGUUAGAUACUUUUCGGGACAUUUAGAUACCAUUUCCAGAGAUAUUUGUUGUUGCUAAU